GGUGACAUAGGAGAUAUGCCAGAGUUUAUGAACAUUUUUGCAGAGUCAUCACAGUGCCAAGGUUUUAAGGGACGUGGUUCUUCCUGAAGGAUCUGUAUUUGUUAUUCCAAACACAAUCAGAAAGCUUCUUUAAUCAGCAUGGAACGUGUCUUUCUGUAUGGGACUCUUAAAAAAGGCCAACCCAACCACGGCUUAAUAAGCAAUUCUAUCUCUGGGAGAGCAGAAUUCGAAGGCCUGGGUCGCACAGCAGAUCCAUAUCCUUUGGUGAUUGGAAGCAAAAAUAACAUUCCCUUUUUGCUGAAUGUCCCAGGAAAAGGACACCACGUUACUGGAGAGAUCUAUUCUGUUGAUGACCAGAUGCUGCAAUUCCUUGAUGAUUUUGAAGGCUGCCCAGACACGUAUCAACGCACUCCAGUGAGGAUUGAAAUAUUAGAGUGGGAAGGUAAAAGCAGUGCACCUGAGGAGAGGCCAGCUGUUAACAGCAUUAUGGAAUGCUUUGUGUACAGCACAACUAACUACCCGCCAGAGUGGAUAAAUCUCCCUUACCAUGACAAUUAUGAUUCCUUGGGGGAACACGGUCUUCGUUAUAAUCCACGGGAAAAUAGAUGAAAAAUGGAAAGGAACACUCAUGAGUAAGAUGAAUAAAACACAUGUUGAUUAUAAGAUGACCUCA